UGCUCGCGGACUGGAGGAUGCAGUAACUGGCUGCGGGUCACCAUGGGCAGCAAGAUGGCGGCCGCCAGCAGGGUCGUUCAGGUAGUCAAGCCACAUACACCCUUAAUCAAGUUCCCGGACAGAAAAAAUAGUCCCAAACCUAAAAUGCAGGAAUCUCUACAAGCAAGGGUACCACCACUUCAUGCUUCAGCAGCACAGAUGUCUGUAGGAGACAGACCACCAGCCCUUCAAAACAUUUCAUCCAUUAGUAGAGUACAAGGCACACCAGACACGACAGAAUUAGUAAAAACAUUACCUCAAAAGUACAGGAGAAAGCUGAUGUCAGAUGAGGAGAUGGAAUACAUUCAAGUAAGUUUUGUGUUACUACAUAUGUCCUCUGUCGUUAUUCACUAUGUUGAAAACUUUGCAAAACAACUUCUGGACAACAUGAUAAAUAUCCUUGCUUUUAAACUCUUGUUAACUUUGCACUUACAUCGAGCGUUACAACUUAAUUUGCAGUAAAUACAAACUAAAUAUUCCUCAGCACACAAGUUGGGUAGAUAAGGUAUCCCUAUUUGGCAGUUCGGGAUACUGAUAAACACAGAGAGACUGUGACUUGCCCACGGUCACGCAGAAAGCCAGUGACAAAAUCAGGAUUAGAAUUUGUUUUGAAGUUCUAGACUACACUUAAUCCAUUAAACCAUGUUGCUUCAAUGUCAUUACCUAUUGUAUUUACAAUUGUAGAAUGUGCAAUAAAUAUAAAUAAAUAUAAUUUUAAUAGAAAUACAAUGUACAAAGUGUUGAUCCUUUCAAUUAUGAGUUUAUUCACAGAGUGAAGAGGCUAAACAGGUAGCUUAUGCCCAAAAUAUAGGUUGUGUUUAAGAAUAAAAAUUACAGACACAAAUAUUCAUGAUUUAUUUCACUGAAAACAAAUUGAGUUUAAAUGCUCCCUUAUAGUGUUUGCAAACUAAUAUUGCAGCAUUAUGCGAGUACAUGAGAGGCAGAACAUUUAAUUGACUACAAAAUGGCAUUGUACCUGUAAUUUGUUUAGUUUUGAGCAUUUCAUCACCAGAUGGUGACAAAUUGGGAGAUUAGAGAAGAAUAUCAAAAAUAUUAAAGAGCUGGAGGGAUGGGUUUGAGGCAAGACUAAAAGAACUAAAUCUGUAUAGCUUGAUUAGGUGAUGAUUAAGUCCACAAGUAUUCAAAGGAUAUAAACAUUGAUGACAGAGAGGAAUUUUUACAUAGGGUGGAAAGAGGGAUAUAACUAGGAGUAAUGGAAUUAAAGAAGGUGUGAAAUUCAGCCUAAAAGUUUCCCAGCAAUGAGAGGUAUUAAGCUGUAAAAGUCUAGUGGGGAAACAGUGGAAACAUCUGCUGAACACCUUAGAUUAUUAAAACAAAGAAAGUU